UAUUGGUAGUUUGCAUUUGACACUCGAGCCGUGCUGUUCUCCUCAGUUGCCAACUCAAAACUUGUGGAAUACUUUCAUCUUGUGAUCCUUAAAGCGUAUCCUUACAACACAGACACACACACAUAAAUACAAGAUGCGUCUGCUUAGUCUGUUCAUGUUGUUGUCGCUAUGUGUUUGUGCCACAUUUAGGCCAGGAAAUGCCCUUGAAUGUUACGAAUGUAUUGGCAGCGAGUGCGAUGAUCUGGAGAGUGUGGAAAUAGUUAGUUGCAAUUUGGAUGAUGAUAUCGGCACAACAGCAACCACCGAAGACACCACGACAACCGACGAUUCAACGAGUUCAUCGUCAACCGAGUCUUCAUCAACCUCAUCAAGUCAAUCAACUCCAUCAGAACCCACAACGGGGACUACAGAGUCGACAGAAACAACACCAGAGUCAACAGAAACAACACCCGAGUCAACAGAGACAACUCUAGAGACGACAGAAACAAGUCCAGAAUCAACAGAAACCACGCCGGAGUCAACAGAUACAACUUUCGAGACCACUGAAACAACUCCAGAGUCGACUGAUACCACUCCAGAAUCGACAGAAACCACUCCAGAAUCGACAGCGUCUACAACUGAUUCGACUACUUCCGAAUCAACAGAUUCUUCAUCUACCUCCACAGUUGAUGAGUCUACCAAUACUUCGACAGACUCGACAUCGGAUUCUUCGACGUCGGAAUCCUCUACAUCGGAUUCCUCGACGACGGAUUCCACGACAUCAGAUUCCUCUACUUCGGAAUCUUCUACGUCGGAUUCCUCUACUUCAGAAUCCUCUACAUCGGAUUCUUCCACUUUGGAAUCUUCUACGUCGGAAUCUUCUACAUCGGAUUCCUCCACUUCGGAAUCUUCUACGUCGGAAUCCUCGACUUCGGAUUCCUCGACGCCCGAUGCUUCUUCCUCAACGACAACAAGUGAAGAGACAACCACAGAUUCAACGGCGACAAGUGAAAACUCCUCUAGCUCAUCAGAACCAACAACGGAACCAACAGAAACCUCAACAGGGGCUGACGCUUCCUCUCCCUCUACCUCCUCAGAAUCGACAACUGAAAACACUUCUUCGCCAAGUGAAGAUACAUCGAGCGCUUCCACAGAUUCCACCGCAUCUGAAUCAACCGCAACAGCAACCGAUGCUUCUUCCGAAACUACAAGUGUUGCCACAGAAUCCCCCGCAACUUCAGAUUCGACAACAACAGAGGAAUCCUCAAGCAGCGCAGCUUCAACACAGACCUCUGCAGACACAAGGGCUAUUGUUGAAGGAGUGCGCUCUGGCCGAGCUCGUCGAUCGCUCGAGGCGCUGGCAGUGGACAAGCUAUUGCGCAAUUAUCGUUCCGUUGGACGCGAUGUUCAAUAUAGGACAACGGCUUGCUAUACCAUUAUGGUGAAUGGAGAGAUUCAACGUGGCUGCAUUAAGAUACCUGUGGGCCAAGGCGGUUGCCAGGCCAUACGUGAAAAGGUCGGACUGCCGGAGGACUCCAUUGGAGAUCUGUGCGAUGCCUGUCUCACAGACCGUUGCAAUGGCAGCGCCACUCUGAAAGUAUCGUUUGCUUCAUUGAUCCUCCUGCUGGGCCUAGGAUUGAGGAACCUUUUCUAAUUUAUGUUAAUACUUAUUAUAUAAAUAUAUAAGCUUAGCUCCACUAAGUUUUGCAUGUGCUAUUACAAUUAAACAUAACCAAGAAAACUA